AUGACGCAGGUCAUCUGCCACGAUCUUAAUGAGGUCUGGGACGACAUCAGCGAAUUCCUGGAUCAAGAAAAUUUUCGGAUUGGCGAGGUCAGCCGAUUGGCAUUCUCGCCACUUGAAACACCAACGGUCGGUAUGCUCACUCGAGCGCCGCGAGUUCACGAUCAGCUCGUUCGUGAGCCACCGAUCACGUUGGCCAUGCCACCACCGGCGCUACCUGGCGCCACAUUCGCCCCAGCAGCAGCGCCAAAUCGUCUUCCGGCGUUUGCCUCCACGUGUGCCUUAGCGGCCGCUGCUGCUGCUACCAGCAUUGGAAGUGCUUGUUCAGUACAACCGACUACAUCCACUGUUAUUCCCAGCUAUUAUUCUGCUCCACCACAGCCAACGGUGGCUCCGGCACAGGUACAACACCCACAGCCACCACCACUUCCCAUUAAGGAAGAAUCACCACCAUCUAGUCCCGAGAUACCGUAUCCGUACAUUGACGCCAGUUAUUCACGAAGUCCACUCGCCAACAGCUUGCCUGAUUUGAAUUUACCGAAUCAACGAAAUCGGAAAACCAGCAGCUAUUAUUCUGCUCCACCACAGCCAACGGUGGCUCCGGCACAGGUACAACACCCACAGCCACCACCACUUCCCAUUAAGGAAGAAUCACCACCAUCUAGUCCCGAGAUACCGUAUCCGUACAUUGACGCCAGUUAUUCACGAAGUCCACUCGCCAACAGCUUGCCUGAUUUGAAUUUACCGAAUCAACGAAAUCGGAAAACCAGCAGGUGA